AACUCAGGGGGGAGCGGAUCUCCAGCUUGCUGGUUUCAGAUCCCGGAAGCGAAAGUGAAAGGGACCGGAGAUUGGGGUCCCGGACUGAAGCAGGAAGGACUGGAGCCCCAGAGCAAGCCCCGGAGACACUGGGCGCUGCUAGGAAUUCAGAUCCCGCCGCGAGCUCCGCUGCUGCUUCUGCGGCUUCUGAGUCCGCGCUGCAGGUGCCAGCAUGCAGCUCAUUACCUUCAGGCCCUGGGCUCCCCUCCUCCUGACUGACCUGACCCUGCUCUGGUUAUUGCAGAGGCUACUGGGAGCCCUGUUCCCUCUGGGACUCCUUGGCCUCUGGCUGGAGGGGCUUUUUCGGAUGGGAGUUCUAUGGGGGGUUCUGAGUUUAUUGGGGGACUGUGGGAAGAUCAGGGAACUACUGCCUGUCUUGUGUCUGAGCACCCCCCUUUUCCUGUCCCUGAGGACUCUGGUUCCAGGGGCCCUGAGUGCCCCACCUGUGCUCCUAGCCUCAGCCCCUUGGGCCUGGUUGCUGGUGGCUUAUGGAGGGGCAGGCCUGGGCUGGGCUGUGUGGAAGAUGCUGAGCCCCUCUGAAGCCCCUUCCUCAGCACAGGAGAAGGAGCAAGGCCAGGAGAACAAAGCCAUGAUGGGGAGGCUGCUGAGACUGUCCUGGCCUGACUUGCCCUUCCUUGCUGCUGCUUUCUUCUUCUUGACUACGGCUGUCAUAGGUGAGAUGUUCAUCCCCCACUAUACUGGCCGUGUGAUUGACAUCCUGGGCCAGGACUUUGAAGCUGAUGCUUUUGUCACUGCCAUCUUCUUCAUGUGCCUCUUCUCCCUUGGAAGCUCAUUAUCUGCAGGUUUCCGAGGAGGUUUCUUCAUGCUUGUCCUCUCUCGGAUCAACCUGCGCAUUCGGCGUCUGCUCUUCUCUUCUCUACUACACCAGGACCUCAGCUUCUUCCAGGAGACCAAGACAGGUGAGUUAAAUUCACGCCUGUCUUCAGACACCAACUUGAUGAGCCGUUGGCUUCCUUUAAAUGCCAAUGUAUUCCUGCGGAGCCUAGUGAAGGUUGUGGGACUGUAUGGCUUCAUGUUCAGUCUCUCACCUCGACUCGCUGUCCUCUCCCUGCUGGAAGUGCCCCUUUCAAUGGCUACUGAGAAGAUCUACAAUGCCCGACAUCAGACAGUGCUCCAGCAGAUCCAGGAUGCUGUAGCAAAGGCUGGACAGGUGGUGAGGGAGGCUGUGGGAAGCCUGAAAACCGUGAGGAGUUUUGGAGCAGAGGAGGAUGAAGCCCAGCGCUAUGAGGAAGCCUUGGAGCAUAAGCGUCAGCUGGAGUGGCGCCGGGACUGGGAGAGAGCUGCAUACCUGCUCCUCCGUCGGGUUCUUCAACUGGGGAUGCAAGUGUUAAUGCUGAAUUGUGGGCUAAGGCAGAUCUUGUCUGGAGAGCUCUCCAGGGGAGGCCUUGUCUCCUUUCUGCUCUAUCAGGGGGACGUGGGGAGUUAUGUACAGACUCUAGUGUACAUCUGUGGGGACAUGGUGAGCAAUGUGGGUGCUGCAGAGAAAGUUUUCCACUACCUGGACCGUGAGCCACAGAUGCCUCGUCCUGGGGUACUGGCCCCUCCUUCCCUCCGUGGCCUCGUGGAAUUCCAAGAUGUCUUCUUUGCCUAUCCCAUGCAGCCAACCAAACCUGUGCUCAAGGGAGUGACAUUCACCCUGUAUCCCGGAAAAGUGACAGCCCUGGUGGGGCCCAAUGGGGCUGGGAAGAGCUCAGUGGCUGCACUGCUGCAGAAUCUCUACCAGCCCACAAGGGGCCAGCUGCUGCUGGAUGGGGAGCCCCUGCCCCAGUAUGAGCACAAGUACCUGCACUCACAGGUGUCUGUGGUUGGGCAGGAGCCUGUGCUGUUCUCAGGGUCUGUAAGGGACAACAUUGCUUAUGGGCUGGAGAGCUGCAGAGAUGCUGAGGUGAUGGCUGCUGUCCGGGCAGCUGGUGCUGACGGAUUCAUUGACAAUAUGGAGCACGGCCUGGACACAGCUGUGGGGGAGAAGGGGAGCCAGGUGUCUGCAGGACAGAAGCAGUGUCUGGCCAUUGCUCGGGCCCUGGUGCGGAAUCCCCGAGUCCUCAUUCUAGACGAGGCCACCAGUGCAUUGGACACGGAGUGUGAGCAGGCGCUUCAGGAGAGCAUGCUGCAAGGGCAUCGGACAGUGCUGGUGAUUGCACAUCGUCUGCAGACAGUGCAGGCUGCUGACCACAUCCUGGUGCUGGAGCAAGGGAAGCUGGUGGAGCAGGGGACUCACACUCAGCUCAUGGCCCAGAGAGGCCUCUAUCACCACCUGGUACAGAGGCAAUUUGAAGCCUGAGUCCCUGAAGGAAAGUUGGGGGGAGGGGCCUUUUUAUAUUGUUUUUUUUUUAGGAUCCACAGCAGUCCUUAAUUUGAGUGCCUCUAGACUGGGCUCCUGUACAAUAGCUAACAUAAAUGGAGAGAGGAGAGGGAUUUGGAUAAGAGGUAGCUUCAGGGCUGUCCCACUGGAGAUUUGGUUGUUUUCUUGCUUCUGUACAGAGUCCUGCAUACCCCUGUGUGUGAAUGUGCUAAUGAAUGGUUUUUCAUUUUUUAAUUGAAAAAUUUUAUCUAAUUAAUUAAUUAAUUUAGAAUAUUUUUCCAUGGGUACAUGAUUCAUGUUCUUUCUUCUCUCCCCCCCCCCCCAUAGCCAACACAUAAUUCCACUGGGUUUUAUUUGUGUCAUUGAUCCAGACCUAUUUCCAUAUUAUUAAUAUUUGCACUAGAGUGAUCUUUUAGACUCUACAUCCCCAGUCAUAUCCCCUCAACCCAUGUGAUCAAACAGUUGUUUUUCUUCUGUGUUUCUAGUCCCACAGUUCUUCCUGUGAAUGUGGAUAGUGUAAUAAAUGGUUUUUCUAAGGAUGUAAA